GCUCUUCAGCCACUCUGAACACUGUCAGCUCGUCACUGGUCGAACUAGAUUUCAUCCGUUCAUUUAUGUAAAACCAUUAUUUAUUCAUUUAUUUACUUGUCUUCAGAUGUAGUUAUUAUUAUUGUUUUUUAGUUUGAUUGAUAAUCAGAUAAUUGAAAACUUAAUAUUUUAGGUGACUCCUUUAUGAAUACAUAUCAUUUUCUCAGGUCUUUAUUUAUUUCAUUUUUUAAAGUAUUUUUGAAGAAUGAGGCCUAUAAGUGUGACGUUCACCAUUGGAUUGAUUUUUGGAUAUUUGUCUCUUCGUUUGCUGCUGACCUCCAUGUUUCCAAUAGAGCUGGUCUCAGACUCAGUGAAGAAUGAAAAAAAUCAACUUGAUGCUUACAACAUACACACAGAGGCAAAUCAAAAAACCAGCUCUGCAGAGAAUCCCCCUAACUCGGCACGGAUCUUGUGUUGGAUUAUGACGGGACCCAGGAACCUGGAAUCACGGACCAAACAUGUCAAGCAAACAUGGGGCAAGCAUUGCCACCACAUUCUGUACAUGAGUUCAGUGAAGACAGACUUCCCAACUGUGGAGCUGAACGUGAGUGAAGGGAGGGAAAACCUGUACUGGAAGACCAUCAGAGCACUCCAGUACAUCCACCAGCACCAUCAGGACCAAGCCAACUGGUUCCUGAAAGCCGAUGAUGAUACGUUUGUGGUCAUAGAGAACCUGCAGUACAUCUUAUCCAAGCUUGACCCAGAAAAACCUUUGUACCUUGGUCGAAGGUUUAAGCCUUUCAUCAGCCAAGGCUACAUGAGUGGAGGAGCAGGUUACGUCCUGAGCAAAGAAGCACUGAGGAGAUUCGUCGAAGGGUUUCAAACAGGACAGUGUACUCACUUCUCCACAAUAGAAGACAUGGCUCUGGGGAAAUGUAUGGAGACGAUGAAGGUGGAGCCAGUGGACACCAGGGACGUGAAGGGCAGGCAAACAUUCCACGCUUUUCCUCUAGACCAUUACGUCAUACGACAACUACCAAGACCUCGGCCGUGGCAUAUGAUCUACGACUACUAUGAGCCAAAUGAGGGUCCAAACUGCUGCUCAGAUUUUAUUGUAUCUUUUCACUACAUUUAUGCUGUUCAGCAGUAUGUGCUGGAGUAUUUUACCUACCAUCUGCGACCCUAUGGAUACUCAUAUAGAUUCAGGCCUGAUGAAAUAGUGGAAGCAAACAACAAAACCAAUAAAGGAGGAUGAGAAGAUGAGUGGAAUGGGAAAGGAUCAAGAAGAGGGGUGAAGUGGAUGAGUGGGGAGGAAAGGGCUUGGGGAGGGGGAUGUGGAUUAUUAUGAAAAAGGUCCAGAAGCCACGUUAUUGAGUGUGAAGAGGGAUGACUUGAAGCACUGCGAUGACACAGAAGAAGAGUUGGGGAGGACAGAGAAAACAGUAAAGGAUAGAUAAGAAGAAAGAAGAUGAGAACGAGAGCAGACAGGUUUCUGCCGUAGACAGGUGUGGCUACAAUCUGGACAUUCUUCUGAGCCUGAGAUAAUACCUUGAUGUCAUUUAGUGAAAGAUUAAUGGAGGAAUAAUUAGAUUUCCAACCCACCCUUCUGGUAAACUACAGCAAUGUUUCAUAGCUUCCAGGACAGGUAGGGAAGCAGAUCAAGUCAUCUCAGUCCUGAGCUGUCACGUCUCAUUGUUCGUUUAAAAGCCGUAGCAACAAAAUGUCCUGGAGGUAAUUCUAUAGCAAACAUCCCUUUUGAUCCUGGGAUCUUUAUGCUUCACUUAUGACCAAAGAACUUUGCUAUAUAUUCUUCUAAUAUCCAGGGAGACGAUCACGGUCACCUGAAGUCCGACCUACCAAAUACAAUCAAAGGACACAAAAAAUUUAACACAUAAUGGAAAAUUAAACUUCUCAACUGCAACAGAAAGAUCAGAACUAUGAAGGACUGUGCAAACCUAUUGCGACUUCUCUUAACGGAAGUGCAUUGUUUUUUAUUUUUAUUCUGUUCGGUUCCCUGUCUUGCUUUUACCAGUGUGAUGGUAAAUGGAAAUUUUGCCAUUCUAGGCCUGUUAUUAAUAUCAGGAAAAAAAGUUUGUAUGUAAAUUGCCUCUAUUUUCAUCUGCAAUAAAGUAAAACAACAUAAAAAUGUAGGAGCACAGCUUUGAAAACAGAUAAAUAACCUAAUGCAUGUGUUCCUGUUUGGUAUAUAGUUUGACGUCUGAAACCUUGGGAGGAUAAACAACAAUAUUAUUAAUUCAAUUACAGUGAGGUUAUUCUAAAACUUGAGAUCAUUUAUGGAGACGAGCUUCAGUCAUCAUACAGUUAUUCUUUCAGUUGUAUCAAAUUCCCAUGAAAUAAUUCCGGUUUUCCUGUUGACUCAUGGAAACCAGAAAGUUCCUGUACAAACAUCCAGCGCAUGUUUGUACAGGAACUGUCUGAACAUAGUGCGUAAGAAAUAAUAGAUUUUAUUUUCCUACUGACAACAAAGUAACAUUUUCAUGUUUUAGGUCAGUUAAAAUGACCAAAGUUUCUAAAACACAAGAGACAGUUUGUUUUUAUUUUUAGAUUUUAUUUUCAACUUUCUGUACAUCUUUAGGUUUUUGUUUCUGAUAAUGAAUUUCAUAAGUUAUUCUUAUAGUUUAUUUUAGACUGUAAUCAUCAAAUGUUUCAUCAAUGAGCUUCUCACAAUAGUUUGCUGGGAUUUUGGCGCACUCCUACCGGCAGAACCGCUAGAACCGGGUCAGGUUUGUUGGCUCCUAUGGUCAUGCCUGACUUUUCAACUCCACCCACUCUUUCUCUGGAACUGAGAUAAUCCUUUUGUGACCAUUUUUGGAAUGCUUUGUAGAAGCUUUUGCAAGAAGAUUUUGAUCUUCUUAAUCCCUUGAGUAUUUAAUUUGAUGGUAUUUUUAGGGUUAUUAUCCCUUUUCAAACUUUGGGUCAUGGUUUUAUCUAGAUUCCUGAGGUCUUUAGAUGUUGCUUCAAUAUUUCUGCAUCAGGUUGUUUGCCCACGGUGCCUUCUGUUUUGGAAAGUGUACCAGUUCCUCCUGCAGCGAGACGGCCAUUGUACUGCUGCUCCCAUAUUUCACAGUCCUGACUGUCCUCGUUCAGGACAGUCCUGACUGAGGACAAAACCUCAUUCAGGUUUCGUGAAUGAGUUCACGAAACCUGGUGAACUCAGGUUUUGUAAAUUAUAAGGAAUUAUAAAUUCCUUAUAAUUAUAAAUUCCUUAUAAUUUUAGUUGCUCUUUAUGACCGAACACUUUAAUUUUAUCUUCAUCAGACCACAAGAUUCAUGUUGAAAACCACAUGUGGACAAAAUUGUUGGUACCAGUAGUGACCAGAAUGUCCAUAAUGGUCACUGACAUAAUUGGAAAAAGUAAUAAUAAAUAUAAACUUACUGAAAAUUAACCAAUAAAAAUCAGACAAUAUUUUUGAACUGUGGUUCAACUGAAACAUUAAAAAAAUCUAAUGAAACAAACUUGGACAAAAAUGAUGCUACCUGCCUUAAUAUUUUGUUGUGUGACUUUUCAAGGCAAUCAGAUGAUUUGUGUCAAUGACUUCUCAUAGGCAAAUUGUUCCAACUGUCUCAGGUUUGAAAAGUGGCUUUUAUUGACACGUCAUAAUACUGCAUGGACAUGUUGCUAAAGUCUGGAAUGUAAGGUCUAUUUCCUGAUACGAAAGAUUUAAGAGAGUAAAGGUUGUUAAAGCCAAAAGUUGCACUUGUUGGAUUGAGAAAGUGCAAAGUCUAGACAAUAUUAUCACUAAAUAAAAAAGGUUUAUUUUAUUCAUGUGUAAGCUAUUCCUUCAGACACAUACACAAGGAUAAACAAUAAAAGAUAUUUUACAAUGAAGAGCUUUUCAUACAUCAUUCACCAUAAACCUGCUGUCAACAGAAGACAAACUGAAGUACAAGUACAAGAAUGGAUAAAACAUGAUGUAAACAUUUUGUAAAAAUAUUAGUACUCAGACAUCAUCACUUUUACAAUAACCAGCUACAGACCAAAAACAUUUCCCACACUGUAAUUCCCUAAAUAUAAAAUAUUUUAUAUGCAUGAAAAAAUUGUAUACAUUGAAACUCAUGUUCAAAGAGCAAGUAAAGGAUCUCGAUUCUGUUUUGCAGUUUUUAAUUAGUUUAAUAAAUGACAUAAAUUUGUCAUGUAUUUAGUCAUUUUAUUUUAUGAAGAUGGAGACAUCUGUCUAUUGCCUAGCAACUAUACAGAAUUCAGUAAAGAUAGUGACUUGCAAAAAUAUUCACACCACUUGAAAGUUUUUACAUUUUAUUAAACUACAUCCACAUUUAUUUUCCAGGGAUUUCAGGUAAAUGACCGACACAUAGCAGUGCAUAAUUAUAAUUAUAUGCAUUGUGGAGGAAACUUCCACAACCAACUUGGAGAAAUGUAAUGUUUCAAUUGUUGAUUUGUUAUGUUUUUAUGAAGUAAAGCACUUUGAACUGCCCUGCUGCUGAAAUGUGAUGUACAAAUAAACUUUGAUUAAUUGCUUUGAACCUCUACAGACUGAUAAUGUUACCCUCUUUUU